AUGGCGUCUCAAUAUGUGGUCAAACAUCACGUGCACCCGAAAAAAGAACAUCAUGUUCACGUUCACCAUAAACCAGUACAUCAUGAGCAUCAUGGUCACCAUGAGGCUCAUCAUGAACAUAAAGAACAUCAUGCCCUGCACCAUGAAGAAGAGCAUCAUGAACCUGAGCACCAUGAACCUGAACAUCAUGAACACGGCCAUGAACAUGAACAUCAUGAAGCCGAGCACCAUGCACAUGAACAUCACGGACAUGAUCAUCAUAAACAUGAUGAAGUUCAUGAGCAUAAACAUGCAGCCGAACACCAUGAACACCACGAGCAUCAUGAGGACCAUGAACAUCAUGGACACCAUGGACAUGUGCAUCACAAACCAACGCAUCAUGGGCAUCAUGAACAUAAAGUUUAUAAGGGUUACUACGGAUAUAAGCCUCAUCACGGGCAUCAUUCGGUUCACCACGCACACAAGGAACACCACGGACAUGGGCACAUGCAUCAUGCACAUCAUGAACAUAAAGAGCAUCAUGAACACAAAGAACAUCACGGCCAUGAGCACCACGGACAUGAGCACCAUGGUCAUGAACACCACGGACAUAAGCAUGAACACCACGGACAUGAGCAUCAUGGACAUAAACAUGAACAUCAUGAGCACCACGGACAUGAGCACCAUGGUCAUGAACACCACGGACAUAAGCAUGAACACCAUGAGCACCACGAACACGGUCAUGAGCACCACGGACACGAACAUCAUGAACCUGAACACCACGCACAUGAACAUCACGGUCACGAGCAUCAUGAACACGAGCACCAUGGACACGACCAUCAUGAAGCCGAGCACGUUGAGCAUGAGCACCACCGGCGUGGACAGCACAAAUCGGCCCAUUUUAUGCAUCAUGGACAUGCACACCAAAAGCAUCAUCAACAUCAUGGCCAUGGGCAUCAUGUUGCCCACCAUAGGCAUCAUCCGCAACAUCAUGUGGCCCAUCAUGAACAUCAUCAACACCACGGAUACGGAUAUGGUUAUGGGUAUAAGGCACACAAGCCACACCAUGUUCAUGAGGCACGCCACGGACAUCAGCAGUUCCGAUCGUACGGCGAGGCCUACGCUGCUCCUGCUCCUGCUCCUGCUGUUUACCACCACACGACAGCGAAAUGCGGUGCAAAUGUCCUUGUCGGGUGUGCGCCAGAAGUAACAAAGGUUCCUUGCGUACCCGUGUCCAAAGGCUACUGAACCAGUUGAAUAGAAUUUGUUUGGAUGAUGUGUUCAAUACAAAUAUAGGAAUGAUUGUUAAGAAAUAACGUGGACUUAUUAUUUUAUAUCACAUGUCUUUCUCUCUAUU